AUGCGUCUCCAAUUGCGCAGCUUCUCGACCUCGCUUAGACGCGCAAACAAUGUCUCGCAGCAACUGAAGGACCUUCCCUCCGUCUCUGGAGGAGGGCCUUUCCCUCUGCUGCCUCAGUUCCAGCCCAUUGGCACUCCCCCUUCCCUGGUGUCUGUGUCUCUGCCCGCCUCCUCCACGCUGUUUGCCCGACGAGGCUCCAUUGUCAGUAUCAACGGUCAGCUCGACACCAUCACCUCUCGUCUGUCAUCUCUGUCUGCCUUCGCUCGAACUGUCCAGGGCAUGCCCUUCCUCUACAACCGAAUCUCGGCCACCGCUCCUGCCACUCUUCUGGUUUCUACCAACACCUCUUACCAGAGUUCUCUGGCCAUUGUGUCUCUGGACGGCCGAACCGACUGGACCGUUGCCCAGCGAGACGCUUUGUUCGCCUGGGCCGGAGCUGCUCUCCAUGUCCAGCCCAACACCUCUCUGUUUGGUUCUGCUCGAGGUGGAACCACUCGAUGGGGCAACACCUACCUGACCGGACGAGGUGAUGUUGCACUCGUUGGUCGAGGUCAGAUCUUCAAGAUUGAUCUCUCCGAGGACGAGGACAUCCUGGUCCACCCCGCAAAUCUGCUGGCAUACACCACUUCCCAGGGCAGCGCCAACCCCCAUGGACAGUUCGUCAAGCUGAAUCACUCUGCUCCUUUGCUGCAGCUGCCCAAGUUGCCCUUCAUUGAGCGACUACUGGCCAACAACUCUCUGCUCAAGAGCUACCUGGACUCUGACUUCCACCGAGCCGUCCAGAACACCAACAAGUCGAUCCGAAAGACCUGGGCCAAAUGGUUCGGGACCGGUAACCAGCUGCUGCAGAUCCAGGGACCCCGAACCAUCCUAAUCCAGAGUCAGAGAACUGAUCUCCGAGAGAUUGUUUCACGAAACGACCUAGCCAAGGUAGGCUCCAGCGACUAA